GGAGAUGAUGCAAGUGCCAGGUGUCUUACCAUAUCGCUUCUGUCUAUCAUCUUCUUCUUCUUCUUCCUCUUCAUUUAUGUUAUGUUAGGGUUCUUCGGAAAUUCAAUUUCCUUUCAAAAUUCUUUCCUUUUUUUUUCUUCCUUCCAUACUUGUACUUGACAUUCAUCAUUAUCAAAUUCAACAAUUUUGCUUCUCAAACUCAAUUCCUCUUAUUGGACACUCUUUCACCGCGUCCUAUUGAUUGAGUGAUUUUGAUAAAGUUUAAAGGCGGUUUAAUAAAAUGGCUUUUGUUGCCCAUCAACCACAGGGUUUGUAUGUGACAUCUUCCACAAGGCAUUUGUCAUGGAGCAAAAGGAUGAAAUUGAAGCAGUGUUUGACAAAACAUCAUAUGAUUGGAAGAACAGACUGGCAUCACCUAUUAAAACAAAACAUUUGUUUAAGUGUCGGGCCUCCUUGCUUUUGUGUAUCCAAGAUCAAACCUUUGAGGAUUUCAUGCUUCCAAGGCAGAACUCAAAAUGAUAAUUCAGGAAGCAGGGCUAAUUGGUUGAGGGCACCUAAAACCUCUGUUGGACUAGAGGAGAGUGGGGACACUCACAACGUGCCAUUCUCGUAUGCAUCUGAAGCAGGUGAUAACCUUGCAACAUCAUCUGCUUUUCAUGGACUCUUCAAAAAAUGGCUGAAAAUGUUGCGCACACAAUCAUCAUGUCAAGAAGUAGAGGAAGUUUUUGGAAGACCGACGACUCCCACAGUUUUACCUGAAACUCUACAAAUGACUCAUAGUAAGGAUGGAAGUGAGGUUUUGAAGCUGGCAUUGUCCCAUUUUCUGGCCUUGGAUGCGGCAAUAACGAUACCUUUGUUGAUAUUUGUUCCUCUGUACCUGGCUGUUAAUGUAAAAUAUGGUGCUGAAGUUUCAAAGGAACUAACUCCAUUAUGGGUUUUUGGGCCACUAAUUGUGGCUUUACACAUCAUUAUAAUCCGUGGUCUGUGUGCACUCUAUGCCUCAAGCUUCAAUCGGACUGUCGAAAUACUUAGGAAAGUACCUUCUUGGUGCAUUUUGGCAAACUACUACAUUUUUGGCGGUGGGCUCAAAGAACAAAUUGCCGUCUAUCUUCUGCGGCCUAUAUCGAGCUUAAAACACAUUGAUUAUAUACAGCUAACAAGAAGGAUAUUGAAAGUAUUGCAGGAAUGGUUAAUGGACAAGUAUCUUGAUUAUGUGGAAUCAAUAUGGCCAUAUUAUUGUCGGGCAAUCAGAUUUUUGAAGACAUCUAAUCUUAUUUAAGAUUUAAUGUAUUCUUAAAGGUAGUCUUCAGAAAAGUUAAAGGGGGUUUGAUUGGAGGUGAUAUUCUAUAGCAUAGAAAUUUUCCAACGAGAUCUGGCCAAUCCCAUUUUAUGGUGCUGGGGUUUUGAGCAAGUUAAUGAUAACGAGGAAAUAAGUUUCUAAUUCAUGUUGAAUUUAUAUUGUUCUUAGAUGAGGUUGUAAUUGAUUUUUGUCAUUGAAUGGCUGCUUAUGUUACAAGGUUCGAUAUGAGAUUGGUUCCAUUCUGCAACUGCUCAUUCACUCAUUUGUCAUUGUCUGCCUGUCUGUCCCACCUCUCCCACUGUCCUGCUUACACAAACUUUGUACCAUCUAUCAUGUUGUUUAACCUGGGAAAAGAAUUCAUGAACAAACCUCUUUCUGGUUGAGGUGCGAAUGGGCAAGGCUAGACUUAAUGUUCAUACAUUGUCAACCAUUACAAUUGAUCAAAGAUGAUUUCUAACUGAAUGUUUUGUAUGUUGUGGGGUUUAUAUUUGUCUCAUUGAGUGUAACAUUUGUCAGCCAUAAUCAGAAAAGUACAUUGAUUUGCAUGGCGA